AUGGUCAGUCCUGCGAAGAAACGGAAGCUCAACAGCGACUCCAAAACCACAUCUACACCUCCUCGGAAUCUUCACUACUUCUUCGGAAAACAGAAGCAGCAGCCGCCCCCGCAGCCUGCGAAUAAUGCGCCGGAAAACCUCGAUCCAGACGAUGCCCGUAUGUUGACGGAUGAGCAAUUUGCAAGAAAGCUACAAGCGGAAGUAGAUCUAGAAGCUGCCGCUGAGAGGGCAGAAGCCAGCCGAUCUAGAACCCCAAAGUCGAAAGACUCGCUGCCUUCCAUAGAACGCGCCGCCAAAGAGACGAGUACCGCAUCCGAAGACUCUAAGCCCAGCGGGACUGGGAGCAAUGGGAAUGCAGCGGAGAAGGAUGUUGUGGAUACCAAGCCUGACCAGACUUUACCAAGUUUCAAGAGCGAAAACCAUACUCUCACUCUGCAGGCCUCUGGUUCGGCAGAAGACACAAUAAUCUCUAGCAUACCUUUUGACGAAAGCCCUUUGACGUUCGAGCCUUCGAAGUAUGCACAAGAUCUCGCAAAUGGGGUACUGGAGGGACAUGAUGCAUCCUAUGCUCUCCUCACAAGGUGCUUCGUACUUCUCAAUAGCACCAGAAGCCGGAUCAGGAUUGUGGAUACUCUGGUCAAUUUGCUCCGGGUCAUUGUUGAAGGGGAUCCAAGUAGUCUGUUGCCAACUGUCUGGCUCGCCACUAAUUCUAUCUCCCCACCUUACAUAUCAAAGGAACUUGGGCUUGGGGGCUCAGCCAUAUCAAAGGCUUUGAAGAAUGCUUUCGGUUUAGACAAUAAAUCUCUUAAGGCGCUAUACGACAAGGUUGGGGAUGCGGGCGAUGUUGCGUUCCUGGCCAAGAAAAAGCAGACUUUCACUCUACGAAAGCCUAAGCCGCUCACCAUCAAAGGCGUUUACCAAUCCCUAGUAAAGAUUGCUAAUACCCAAGGUACGGGCAGUGGUGAGACGAAGCAGCGGAUUGUGGACCGUCUUCUGCAAGAUGCGAGAGGAGCGGAGGAGAGCCGAUACCUUGUUCGAACUCUAUGCCAGCAUCUUCGAAUUGGUGCGGUCAAAACAACCAUGCUAAUCGCACUAUCCCGGGCAUUUCUUCUGUCCAGACCUCCUAGUGCGGACUUUAAUCUGAAGUCUCCAAAAGAACUAGCAAGUUUAAAGAAAGAAGAAUUGGCCGAGGUCUGGUUGAGAGCGGAAGAAAUUCUAAAGGAAUGUUUUGCCCGGCGUCCGAACUACAACGAUUUAGUCCCAGUUCUCCUUGAGAUUGGUGUAUGUGAUGAGCUUCUGGUUAGAUGCGGACUGGCAUUACAUAUUCCAUUGCGGCCUAUGUUAGGUAGUAUCACCAGAGAUCUAUCGGAGAUGCUCACGAAACUUCAAGGCCGUGAUUUUGCUUGCGAGUAUAAAUACGACGGUCAACGAGCGCAAGUCCAUUGCGACAAUCAAGGAAAGGUUUCUAUAUUCUCCCGCAACCUGGAACUCAUGACGGAUAAGUACCCGGAUUUGGUUGCCCUCAUACCUAAAAUCCGUGGCGAUGGUGUGGGAAGUUUUAUCAUGGAAGGAGAGAUAGUUGCCGUUAAUCAAGAGACAGGAGAGCUCAAGACCUUUCAGACGCUCUCUAACCGUGCAAGAAAGGAUGUGGCUAUUGGCAGCGUCAAAAUCGAAGUCUGCAUGUUUGCAUUCGACAUCAUGUAUCUAAACGGCGAGCCACUACUUGACCGGCCUCUCCGAGAACGACGCGAAUUACUCAGGAGUUUGUUCAUUGAAGUUCCACAUCAAUUCACCUGGGUCAAGAGCAUUGAUGCAAAAUCGCAAGAUUCCGAGGCAGUUCUUGAAUUCUUCAAAAGCGCCACGGAUGUCAAAUGCGAAGGUAUCAUGGUGAAAAUUCUCGACAAUUUACCGAACAUGCUCCCACCAGAUGAAGAGGAAGCAUCCGAGACUCCCUCAAAGGCUACCAAGGGCAAAAAGAAAUCCUCAGAAAAAGAUCCCGAGAAGAAAACCAACCGAAAAGCCCUUCUCGCAACCUACGAACCAGAUAAACGCCUCGAAUCCUGGCUGAAGGUAAAAAAAGAUUACAGCACCACCUUCGACACCCUAGACAUGAUUCCCGUCGCCGGGUGGCACGGCCAAGGUAGGAAGUCACAGUGGUGGUCGCCCAUUCUUCUCGCUGUGCGGAAUGAGGAAACCGGCUCGCUCGAAGUGGUUUGCAAAUGUAUAUCGGGGUUCACGGAUGCUUUUUAUAAGGCGAAUAAGGAGCACUAUAAGGAGGGUGGGGAACAUGUGCUUGGUUCUAAGCCGAGCUAUGUUGAGUAUUAUGGUCCGAGUCCUCAAGUAUGGUUUGAGCCGCAGGAGGUUUGGGAGAUGGCUUUUGCGGAUAUAACGAUAAGUCCAACGUACACGGCCGCGAUAGGGUUGGUGAGUGAUGAGAAAGGCCUUAGCCUUAGAUUCCCUAGGUUCUUGAAGAAGAGGGAAGAUAAAGGGAUUGAUGAGGCGAGUACGAACGAGUUCCUGGCGAACUUGUGGAGGAAACAGGAAGAAAAGGCCUCUACUAGUUCUGUGAAGGAGGUGCAGGGUGAAAUUGUGGAAUAUGAUGAGAAUAUUUCGGAUUAG